AUGGGCAAGAAGGGGCAGGCAGCGGCGCCAGAGGCUGUCGAGGAUCCAACUGACGAUGAGGAGGAACGAGAGGUGGAUGCUCCACUUCCACCCGAGGCAGCCUCCAAGAUUCUUGAGAGCUUGGACUGGCAGGUUUGCGUGAUGCCAUCUACGCGGCAGAGAUAUUUCUAUUCUAAGACAAGGCGGCAGGCACGAGUGCAGCCGCCCUACCAUUCCAUUUUGGGCUUGGAGGAGGCCAACUUCCGAAACCUGACCAAAGACGAUCUCUGGAAGGCGUUCUUUGAGAAGCGGGUGCAGUACAAACGUCGAGAGGCCAACGGCUCGCUCUCGGAGGAGCUAGAGAAUUCCAGCGACCAAGUAGACUGGGACUUGGUGAUGGAGGCAUUCCAUGUCCUGUCCGGGCACGAGGCGCGCUCGGCCUACGAGCAGGGCAACCUGGCCUCCCAUGCACAGCGACAGCUUCUUGGGCUUCGGGUCAUGCACGAAGCCAGGGUGCAAGAGGAGCAGAGGCGACAAGCCAAGGACUGCUGCAGCUGUAGAAGAUCACGAAUGACUUCUCCCCGAGGGCUGCGCAGUGGUGCAUUGCACAUGUUGGAUGCAGAGUUCGCCGAAGCUAAUCAAGCUUCUCAGCUUUCAUGUGUCCGGUCUCACACGCUUUGUCUCACACGCUUUGUCUCACGAAGCAUCGUGGUUUGCGAAAAGAGGAAGAGAAGCCUUCGACACGGCCGAUGCUGUUGGCCUCCUUGUUUAGAAGAGGAAGUGACGAAGUCGACAUACGUCGACGGACCUAUGGACCUGUCUCGGGCUACCGUUUGCUCAAAGGGGUUGGUCUCGGCGCGGAAGCUUUGA